GGCGGAGCGGAGCGGCCGAGCCGCGAUGAAGCCGAGCCCGGCGGCGGCCGCCGCGGCGGGGCCGGGGUUGGGGCAGGCGGCGGGGGGACCCGAUGCUCGCUGGAGGGAGAAGGGCGAAGCGGAGGCGGAGAGGCAGCGAACCCGCGAGCGGCUGGAGGCCACGCUGGCCGGGCUGGGCGAGCUGGAGUACCUGAGGCAGCGACAGGAGCUGCUGGUGAAGAGCCUCCUGCUGCGGAGAGCCCCGGGAGCUCAGGGCGGCCGCGGGGAGCAGCAGGGCGAGGGGCCGCCGCCGCGCAGUCUGGAGGAGAAGUUCCUGGAGGAGAACAUCCUCCUGCUGCGGCGGCAGCUGAACUGCUUGAGGAGGAGGGAUGCUGGCCUAUUAAAUCAGUUGCAAGAGCUAGAUAAGCAAAUCAGUGACCUCCGUCUGGACGUGGAAAAAACGACAGAUGAACACCUUGAGACAGACAGUCGUCCAAGUUCAGGGUUUUAUGAGCUGAGUGAUGGAGCUUCUGGAUCGCUCUCCAAUUCGUCUAACUCUGUCUUCAGUGAGUGUUUAUCCAGUUGCCAUUCUAGCACUUGCUUUUGCAGCCCUUUGGAGGCAACACUGAAUAUCUCAGAUGGACGCCCUAAAUCUGCAGAUCUCAUAGGCUGGAUGGAUUAUAAUAAGGAAAGCCAACAUGAGGACCAGACCGCGGGCUCUGUCUGUCGCUCUUUGUCCACACCGCACUCAAAUUCCCUCGAUGUCGUUGCAGAUGUCCACCCAAAGUACCAGUGCGAUCUGGUGUCUAAAAACGGGAGUGACGUCUACCGGUACCCCAGCCCACUCCAUGCGGUAGCUGUGCAGAGUCCCAUGUUCCUUCUCCCUGUGACUGAGAACCCCCAGCGAGAAGAGGAGAGGCUUGGCUGCGACAUUACCGAUGUUUGCGCCGGAUCUGAAACAGACUCAGGAAAAGCAACUGAUGCCUUUCUCCCACCGGGCUCCUGGCCUGCCUCGUGCCCGUCUGCCAGCAAGAGGAUAGACGGCUACAUCUUAAGCCUGGUUCAGAGAAAGACUCACUCUGUAAGGACUAACAAACCAAGGACAAGUCUCAACGCUGAUCCCACCAAAGGGAUCUUGCGACAUGGCAGCAUGUGUGUCAGGCAGGCUGCUGGGGUGGUUUCACAUAGCAACGUCGUGAACCUGAAGAGCACGAAGCAAGUGAGCUUGCCAUCCAGUGGGGCAACUGCUUCAGACAACACGGCUCCCUCCCCACUCAAGCAGAGGCCGAGGGAAGCAGGUAGUGAGCAGGUGGAGAGCAGAAAGGUGCUUUUGCCGGCGGCUUUUCCACCCAGCGAACUCCAGAGCAAACACCAGCCGCGGGGUGCCAAGGCAGUGCCUCCAGAGCUCAGCCGGCACGCGGUGGCUGCCGCGGGGGAUGUCCCCAAGGAAGGCAGCCAGCACUGUGCUGCAUCUCCCAAAGAGAGCCCAGGGAAGCCGGUGGUGCUGCAGCCAGAGACCAGGGUCAGCCAGCCUCCCAAAAAGGUCCUGCUGAAGGGCAGCUCGCAGGCGGCUCACUCGUCAUCGCCUCCUGUGGAGGAGCGGCCCGCGCUGGACUUCAAAAGCGAGGGCUCUUCCUCUCAGAGCCUCGACGACGGAUUGCUGGUGAACGCCCAGUACAUCCCAGCCCAGCAGCAAAGUGUUAAGCUCCACAAAGGCACCAGGAACGUCAAGAUUUUGAAAAGCUCUGCGCUGAAGCACAGGCCGCACCUUGCCAGUGGGCUUGAAAACGGUACACAGGCCUUGCGGGAGAAAGGCAAGCCGAUCAGCAAAAAGUGCCGCUUUCCCGAUGAGUUGGAUACAAAUAAGAAACUGAAAAAGCCCUCCUCAAGGGGGAAGCGCGGCAGCGGCCUGCAGCCAGAGCCAGGCCUCCAGGGGCGGCCAGCUGGCCUGCAUAAAUCUGUGAUCAGAUCGCACGGACACGGCCGGGAGGUGGUGGUGGCCAAACCAAAACACAAACGGGCCGACUACCGCCGGUGGAAGUCAUCAGCGGAGAUCUCCUACGAGGAGGCCCUGCGGAGGGCAAGGAGGAACCGGCGGGAUGGUGUAGGAGUCUACACGCAGGUUCCUCUGCCAUACGUCAGCCCCUACGCCUACGUGGCCAGUGACUCGGAGUACUCAGCAGAGUGCGAGUCUCUGUUCCACUCCACCGUGGUGGACACAAGUGAGGAUGAGCAGAGCAACUACACAACGAACUGCUUCGGAGACAGUGAGUCCAGCCUGAGCGAGGUGGAGUUUGUCGGGGAGAGCACCACCACCAGCGACUCUGAUGAGAGCGGGGGUCUCAUCUGGUCCCAGUUUGUCCAGACCCUCCCCAUCCAGACGGUCACUGCUCCGGAGCUGCAUGAAAAUGCGGCAAAGGCCUUUGUCAAAAUCAAAGCCUCCCAUAACCUCAAGAAGAAAAUCCUGCGCUUUCGGUCAGGCUCCCUGAAGCUCAUGACGACUGUCUAGUGAAGUGACUUGGUGGAAUGUAUCUGUUUCUGCUUUCAGAAGCAAGGUGCUUUUGUGUACAUAUUUCCACAGAUUUUUUUUUUUAUACAAAUAUUUAAAACUUAAGGUAAAUUAUGUCACUUGUCUUCAGAACUUGGGUGGAUACUAGUGCCUUUUAAAUGGAAAUAAAAGACCAUUACACUUGUUUAAAAAACCAUAACACUGCCAUUUCAGUGGUGAACAGCCUCCAGUGCGUAGUAUCAGAAGGCUUUGAAAAAAACGUUCAUGUUUCCGGGAAUGGAUGGUCCUUGCCUAGAUUUUUCCAAUUCUGAGUCUUAUACAGGGUAUCAACAGCUUAAGGUCAUAAAUUUUUAGGGGGAAAGGGGGAGGGAGUGUGGGUGGUCUUAAUGUUUUUGCUUGUCCCUUUCUGCUGCUCCUGGUGCCACAUCUUGAACUUGUUCCUCCUGACAGUCCAGCCUGUUUUGUUUCUUUUUCUUGUUGAUCCUCUUCUUGAAGCUGGCCCCUGUCCUCCCCCAACCUUCUCCCAUGAGGAAAGGGCUCCUGUUAAAUCUAUCUCCAAGGUUAAGCUGCCUUCUCGGGAGUGCACUCUGCUCUGAUUUCCUGGGAGUCCCAGAGCGGACUGUGGUGGUGUUUGGAAUAAACUGCUGGAGCAGCUGACCAAGGCUUAGUAACUUCAGUAUAUUGUGUAAAACUGCUUUUGAAAAGAAAAACAAACCAUAUGCAUGUCACGUGCAUGAUUAUCAGUAGUUUUAAUAUUCCUGUUGAUGUCCGAUUUACUGUACAUCAUCAAUGGCUGUUUUUAUAUAUAUAUAUCAUUGUGUAAAUUAAUAUAACACAUCAUAUGCUGUAAUAAACAGUCUGUUUUAA